UCGCGUAUGCAAGGAUCACGAUUUAACAGUGUACGUGAAGGGGCGAACGCGUUUUGCCGGUUGUACGCUCAACGGUGCUGGAUCGUCUUCGGGUUUGCAUGCAUCUAACGAUAGGGAUCAAAUAAACGAGGAAUGUGGGAUUUACAGAAUGCCCAACAGCGUUGGAAAAAGAUUUAAACCCACCAAAUACAUCCCGGUAUCCACUGCCGCCACGCUGCUGGUGGGAUCCACUACUUUAUUCUUCGUUUUCACGUGUCCGUGGUUAACCAAGGCCAUCUCCCCUGUUGUGCCUUUAUACAAUGGCAUCGUCUUUCUCUUUGUGUUGGCAAACUUCAGCAUGGCCACCUUCAUGGAUCCAGGAGUAUUUCCCAGAGCGGACGAGGACGAGGAUAAAGAUGAUGAUUUCCGAGCUCCGCUCUAUAAAAAUGUGGAGAUAAAGGGAAUUCAGGUGCGGAUGAAGUGGUGCGCCACAUGCCACUUCUACAGACCUCCACGCUGCUCUCACUGCAGUGUCUGUGACAACUGCGUAGAGGAGUUUGACCAUCACUGCCCAUGGGUGAACAACUGCAUUGGCCGGAGGAACUAUCGCUAUUUCUUCUUGUUUCUACUGUCUUUAAGUGCUCACAUGCUGGGCGUAUUUUCCUUUGGCCUGCUGUUCGUGUUGCACCACCUUGAGAGGCUGAGUGCACUCCACACAACUGUGACCCUGGUGGUUAUGUGUGUGGCUGGGCUGUUCUUCAUCCCAGUUAUGGGCCUCACUGGAUUCCACAUGGUUCUAGUUGCCCGAGGACGCACCACAAAUGAACAGGUGACAGGAAAGUUUCGAGGAGGAGUGAAUCCGUUUACUCGGGGUUGUUGUGGCAACGUGAAAUACAUCUUGUGUAGUCCGCUCGCUUCUAGGUACAUCUCUGAUCCCAGGAAAAAAACUCCCAUCACUAUCAAACCACCAUUCCUCCGUCCUGACCUCUCUACCCGCCACAUUAAUGUAAAAGUCACUGACAAUGGUAUCCAUAGUAACAUCCUACGAACCAAAUCUAAGACAAGCCUGGAUGGUGUGGAUGAUAAAGUUAUGGAAUCACAGCCGCCUCUGCCACCCAAAGCAGAACGCUACAACCAACUCAAGAGUCAGCUUACCUCGAGCGAAGAGAGUUCCCUGUCCAGCAAACCCACCAAUCCGUCCACCCCAGCCAUGUACAAAUACCGACCUUCCUUCGGCACCAUGCCAAAAGUGCACUAUCAUGCAACAGGAGAGAAGAUUGUAAUGUCUGAGAAUGCUAAGCCCUCAGCAGUUUUAGAAGAGAGAGGUCAUGAUUACCGCUCGGAACCAAAUCUGGAUCUGCCGGACUACCGCAGCACUCCACUCCAUCGAACAUACCAGUCCUCCCCGUUCCAGCUGGACUCUUUCAGCACAACAUCUCGCUCGUUCAGUCUUAAACAGGGAGUAAACAGGGCUGACCGUGUACCUCUAGGGGGCAGCAAACCUGACACAGUCACUUCCACCCCUCACAAAGGGGUCUUUUCCCCUGGAACACUAUCCGGCCGCAAUGGCAGUCUCUCCUAUGACAGCUUGCUGACCACCAGUAUAACGCCCUCUGUGGGCGAGUGUGCUGCUCACCCGGGAGUGCCCUCCAUGGGGUUCCAUUCACCCUAUCUGCCCACUAAAAUGUGCCAUGUGCGAGGGCCUGAGCUUCAACGGCAUGCCGGCCCACCUUCCUACAGCCCUGUUCAUGUAGGAGCAAUGUACGGGCGGCAGUCACCACUUUUGAGAGACCAUGAGCGAGACCCCUCCCCCGUCCGCUAUGACAACCUCUCCAAAACCAUUAUGGCAUCCAUUCAGGAGAGGAAAGAGCUUGAGGAGAGAGAGAAGCUCAUGCACCGGCAUACACCAGUGGCCUACGGCAACGAUUCGGGUGUGUUUGAAACCUGCAGUGGAGCUGCCUAUGGACUCCCACCUGGGGCGUGCUACCCUGAUGGCCCCAGAGGGCCUGGUUCCAGAGAGCCCACUCCACCUGUGUGUGGCUCUCGAGAUAACUUGAUGGGGGUUGGAGUGGUGGGAUAUGGUCCCCGAACUCCUGUUCUUCGUUCCUCAGCCUCCUCGCUCACAAGAGUGCAGAAAUCUUCCACUACAUCUCUCCACACUGAUGGAAGCAAUGGGGGAAACAUGCAGGGCAGAACAGCGGAACACCAAUAUCGCUCCCCCAUGCACCAUGCCCAUCACUCCCCGACAGUUGUACCCCGUUCCCCCUCAUGCACGCAUCAGAAGGUCACCUUCAUAAGUGCCCUGGAGAGGGCAGACUCGCCACGUCUGGGUACAAGAGAGGACCUGGGUCAAGGUAAACUCAAUGGGCAACUAAAGGGCCAAGCACGUGACUGCCAUCUAGGGACAUCUACUGGUACUCCACUGAGUCCCAGCAGACACACCAAUGUCAAAAAGGUCACAGGCGUGGGUGGAACCACAUAUGAGAUUUCCGUUUGAUGGACUGGUAGAAGAGCCACUCCCUGUGAGGAAAAGCACUGCCAUAGCAACACCACCUCCACUUGUGCUCAAGGAAAGAGUUUUUCUUUCCUUUUACUGUUCUUUAAAAUGAUACUUGAACUGACCAAUCAGGAGGCACACAGUCUUUGGCAGGUCUGAUAAGAGAACGUUUUGCAUUGGCCGCUUCUAAUCUGAAAGAGACGGUCCUGCAACUUUCCGUGUGGCCCCAUGUAAAAUAGAACAGGAGCCACUUCGACCAAGGAGCAUUGUGUGUUUUUGUAUGUGUCAGUCAUCAGAGGACAUCACACACACACUCCAGAAAAUACUGGUUUUAAAGCCUAAUAUUGAUAUUUAAAAAAUACACCAUUAAGGGCUGAAUAUGUACAGUGUCCGGGCCAAUUGUUUGUAUAUAAAAGGUCAAAGGUCACUUAUUGAAUGCAAAGGUGCUCAGUAUGCUGAUCUAUUGGUCUCAGUAACCUUUCCACACACUUGACUGUGGUUGUACAGUAUUUGUAGAUGCCAGUAAACCCAUUAUAACUGUAUUUCUAUAAUUUUACUGAUCUAACAAUCAGGGUUUUUCCUCAUUUCAUUUCAAAUAAUUUGCCAGUUAAUCUAUCUGACUCCAAACUAACCAUAACAGCACUUCUGUACUUUAAAAACCUUCACAGAAGCUUUAUUUUUUGAAUAUGGUGAUCAUUGAGAUAUUUGAUCAUGUAAAACUAUAAGCUGCCAUAGAAAUAAACAUAUAUGUGUAUAUGUAAUAUUAAAAAGAAACUGGGGGGAAAAAAGAAAAUUCAGUAUGUUGACUGGAUACUGGCCAUUAUAACCAGUCUGUUAAAACUUUCUUUUAAACUUUGUUUUACUUUGGAAAAGUGUUUUAUAGUGGAAAAGAUAUAGAAGUGAAUACGAUCAGUACCGGCCACAUGUUAAAGCCAUAUGCCAUGUUUUACAGUUAAAUUCUUUGUCUUUCAACAAACACUUUAAAAAUCUUUUAUAACAUAAAGGAAGUGCUGUGUUAAAGAUGAAUGAUCCAGGUGUACUGAAAUUAAGGUCCACAAUCUCCAAGUUGCAUUAUUAUUAUUUUUUAAAACCCAACCUUCAAUAGUUUGGUAUAUAUUACGAUAUUUUUAUCAAAAAAAAAAAAAAAAAAGAAAAAAAAAUAUUCUAAUCAGAAGUGGGUUUGUAAUUUUUUUUCUUUCAUAUUUUAUAAUUUAUAUGUAUAAAUGAAUUAGUAUUCAUUGCCAUUUUGAGUUUUUGAAAGUUUUUGAAAGUCUGGUUAAGAUUUAUGAUCUUAGUAAAAGAAUGAUGUAAGAGAAUGAAGCAAUGUUGCUAUACGUACAACAGUUUUGGAAAAUUAGUUUAAAAAAAAUUAUACACGAAGUGAAAAUGCCUUUUUGAAAUUUGAAAUGCUGGAUCCAUUUGAUAGUUUUACACUUUUGUUUUUUAAGUUGUCAUAAUAGAAUACAUAUUAAACGUGAUUACUGGUCCUUUAAAAAAAAAAAAAAAGUAAAAGCUAUUAAUUGCUCAUUGCUUCUUAUAUGUCCCUUUCACAUCUUUCAGUUUUGGAAUAUCCAACAUGCUCUUGUAAUAAUAACAGGCAAGGGAAGUUUAAUUCAAGAUAUAAUGGAACGGGGAGUUCAGAAAACCUCAGUUUCACCUUUCCUUUCACUUUUAACAUCAGUUGCAAAUAAAAGUAUGAUAAAGUCGUAUGUUAAAAAUAUCUUUUUGCUUGCCAUAUUUACAUGUUCUCCCUGCUUGAUUCAUGUUCAAGGGUUUCACAUAUUUUGAGACAAAAUUCAAUGUAAUUGUAACAAUAUCAAAUGCAGAAUGAGGGAGUGUUUCCUCUUUUUCAUACAGUAUAUUAGAAUAUUAAAAGGUUACCCCAAAAAUCUUCAACCAACAUAAAAUGAUUGUGAAGUCAUUACUUAAACAUUGAAACAUUGAACUGUAGAGUGAUUUUAAAAUGUGUUUUUUUUCUCAAUAAACAGAGCUUUGAAUUUGAAAACAUUCUGAUUAGAAUUUUAAUAGUUACAGGCCUAUAUGAAGAUACCAACUGCUCAAUAAAUGUAAUUAUUAUUUUUCAUUAAAAUGAGCAGCACAGGUGAAAUGGGCGUUUUUUUUUAUUUGUUAUUUUUUUAUUUAUUUUUUGACAAACAGCACACCGUGGCCUGUUUCAUGAUGUUAGGUGGUCAUUAAAGCAUAACAAUUUCAUAAGGAGCAAUUUGUAGUGAAGUGUUAUGUAUUAUUGAGAGCAUAUAUGAAAGAGAACUGUGUGAUCUUGCAGACUGAUGAAGCACUGGGAGCAACCCAAAGUUCUCUGCUGCUCAUCAAAUGUCUUUUCAAGGAAUUCAGUGAUUUUCUCACAGAUCUGCCUUGGAUGUCUAACAGACUAUAAAACUUACGCACUGACAGAGUACAAACAUGAUUUUGAUCCAUGUGAAAAGGGCCGUAAUACUUUUUCCAUUUUAACAGCUUGUACAUACAAUUCAUUUGGGUAUGAAAAGGCCUUCACAGUUUGGUGGGCUCCAUUUCUGUGAAUGUUUUACUUUGUUAGGCCAUAUAACACCAUCACUCCUGAUGGAGGAGUUCUGUGUUAUUCACUGCCGCUGUCUGGCACAGCGUCAUCAUCUGUGUACAGUUUAAGAAAAAGAACAACUAUGGGACUUUUUUGUGUUAUGAAGUAAUUUUGUUCAGAUGAAAUUAAGACAUUAUAGUUUCAUAUCAAGGUACAGUACAUUGAUUAUUUUUGUUCAUCAAAGGAAAAAAUAAACAGAAUAAAUAUAACUGGAACAUU